AUGGUGGACAUCGCCCGCCCGCCCCGGGACAUGAGGUGGACAUCGCCCAACUGUCCCGGUACCCGCGGUGGGCCCGGUCCGCCCAUCCCGGGACACGUGACGGACAUCACCCGCCCGUCCUGGGACCUGUGGUGGGCUCCGCCCACCCAUCCCAGGACCCGUGGCGGGCCCCUCCCGCCUGUCCCAGGACAUGAGGCGGACAUCGCCUGCUCAUCCCUGGACCCGCUGCGAGCCCCGCCCACCCGUCCCAGGACACGAGGCGGACAUCGCCGCCUGUCUUGGGACCCGCAGCAGGCCCCGCCCGCCCAUCCUGGGACACAUGGCGGACAUGGCCUGCCCAUCCCUGGAACCACGGCAAGCCGGGCCCAACUGUCCCGGGACAUGUGGCGGACAUCGCCUGCCCAUCCGGGUCCGGGACACAUGGGGGUCAUCACCCACCCUUCCAAGGACCUGCGGCAAGGGCCGGCCCACCCAUCCCGGGACACGUGGCGGACAUUUCCUGCCCGUCCUGGGACCAGUAGCAGGCCUGGCCCACCCAUCCCGGGACUCGUGGUGGACAUCGCCCGCCAGUCCCGGGACCCGCGGCAGGUUCAGCAUUUCCCACAACACCCUUCAGUUUAUCAUCGUCCCUUCGAAAGACAAGAUGCAUUCCUCUAUCCACAUUUCAACUUCAAGUAUUCCUCCUCCUCCUCCUCCUCCUCCUCCUACUCCUCCUUCGCCGCAACAUGCAACGGAACACAGCGCACUCCCCCCCUUCCCCCAAAGUUAGAAUAUGUCUCUGGGCAGAAGAUUUGCCUUUGGACAGAGAGCGAACAUCGUUUGCGGAGGCGGCUGCUGUUUCAGCUGUUUCAGGUCCUGUCUGCUCACGCUGCUGUUGCUUCUGCUCUGCUGUUGCAAGACGUAGCAGAUCCGGGGGCGUCUUCCCUACCUCUCGCCAUGUCUCUUUCCCUACAGUCCUCGGUCUGA